AUGGAGAUGACGAGCAGCACGAUGGUGAAGCCGGUGCCGCACCCGCUCGUCGGCGAGAAGGUCGCGCUGACCAUCUUCGACCGCGCUGCCGCGGACGUCUUCGUCCCCACCUUGCUCGUCUACCUUGCGCCGGCGCCGGCCAACGAGGCGCUCAAGGAAGGCCUUCUCAAGGCCGUCGCGGCGUACCCCCACUUGGCGGGGCGCCUCACGGUCGACCAGCUCGGCCGGCGCUUCCUCCACGUCAACAAUGAGGGCGUGCUCCUUAUUGAGACCACGGUACAAGCUAACCUGGCGGACGUGCUCGUCGAAGGCCGGAUGCUCACCAGAGUCGACCACCUCUACCCUAAACCAGAGGUACUGAUCAAUCGAUGGAGGCAUUGCUUUCUUUCACGACUCACGUCACAUGAGAAGAUUGGGGCGGCGCUGCUACAGAUCCAGCUGAACAGGUACAAGUGCGGUGGUCUCGUGGUCGGGAUAUGCUCCCACCACCAUACCGCCGACGGUCACUCCAUGAGCAUGUUCUUCACCGCGUGGGCUACAGCGGUCCGAGAGGGUGAGGACUUCACCAUGCCAACCCCAUCCCUCGACCGUGCGAAAACCGUCGUGCCCCGCAGCACGCCGACGCCGGUGUUUGACCACCGGUCACUGGAGUUCACGAAUGGGAACGGUGCCGCAGCAUACGCCGUUAUUCCCAUGGACAGGAUAAAAAAUCUCAUGGUGCACUUCACGGCCGAGUUUGUCGCCGAUCUCAAAGCCCGUGUCGGUGCCCGCUGCAGCACGUUCCAGUGCCUGCUCGCGCACGUCUGGAAGAAGAUCACCGUGGCGCGGGGCCUCAAAUCGGAGGAGUUCACCAAGGUGAGGGUGGCCGUGAACUGCAGGGGCAGGGCCGACCCUCCCGUGCCGAUGAACUUCUUCGGGUACGCAUCUAGAUGA